AUGAAAUCGAAAACGAGUUGUACCAUACAAAGAUCCCACAAGUUGAAGCAGGCACAAGUUGACGGUGCAAACUGGAUGCUUAUUAUGGGUGGUGCAUUGUUGAGUACUUUGUCAAUACGUCUUGGAUGGAAACUAAAGCAGAUAUUUGAUACGAAGAGACCAAAUAAAACAGGUCUGACAACAAAUCUUAAUUUUCUCUCAUUAUCACCAUUUAUGUUAUAUUUAUCUUAACUUUGAUAUUUUUAUCUGUUUAGAAAAUGCUAAAAUGAUGGGAAAGCGGCGGUCAGAGUCUUGCCAUUUCCCUUCAAAUUCGUAUUACUUUGGGCACUGUGAGGACAACAGCUAUCACUAUCACUCAGGUUUGGUGCUAAUCUUUGGAAUCUUUCACACUUUACUUCUCCAAAGUUUGACCAAGUAUCUCUGCAGCUCUAAAUUUUAUCUGGGUUCUAAGUUAUACGUCAGUUUUGUUUAUAUGGAGUUCACUUAGUUUUUCGGUUUCUACUGACUAUGCACGGAAACAUGCUGUUUACAAAGUGCUCUGUUCAUCGCUUUGUUGGUUGAUAAACGGAAACUUUCUCAUUAUGGAAUAAAUUUAGUUUUGUGGAGGCAUUCUAUAGUGAUCAGUGGAUAGACGUCACAAGGUUUUGUGUAGAGUGAGGCUCUAAGCAUCAAUGGAUGGGAAGGGGGAUAUAACUUUUUUUGACACUGAAUCGAAGAUAAAAAUAGAUUAGUUAUAUUCUUGGCGGAAUAUUAUUAUUUGAGACUUUUAACUGAGUAGCAUUCACCUGAACUGAGAAUUCGGUGAAUAUUAUUUUGGUCCAAUGGUUUGUCCUUCAAAUGCGUUCAAGAUUUUUCUUCGAUUGUAGAAGACGGUAACAUCAAAACAUCUUUAAAAACCCGGAAACCUGUGACAUGCGGAAUAUGAAGAGCAUUUAUAUACAUGCUGCUUUAUGGCCCUGGCCUCCCAAAUGGGUACAACGGACUGAUCUCCAUUUUCAGUCCAUUGUUUGCCUCUACAUUGCUAUCAGCCUUGGCCUGUAGUUCAAGAGCUUUGUUUUUCGAUCCUUUUGGGCCCAAGGAUCGACACUAUCCCAUCCUUGUGGAUUCGAGAACUGUAGAUUUUGUCCCUUGUGGAUUCAAGGGACGAUUUCCUCCAUCUUCCGCUAUGUCAGAUAUGUAGUUCCUUUUCCUCUGUCUGGUUAUUGUACAGACAUUUGCUAUUUAUUUAGAAACGAGAAAUGUGGGAGAGAAAUUAACAAGCUGAAGAUGUUCUGCUAGCGUUUCCUUUUGCCAUGUGCUAACAGAAGUGCUUAGUUGAUCUUCAUAAAGUACAAUUUAUCAGAAAAAAUCGUUUAUAUUAUUUUUUUCUUUGGUAUAAAGGAGUAGGGUUUCAAGAACAGUCUCCAUCCUGUUCAGUUGACAGGUACUAACCAUAGAAAUCGCUUCUUUUGGCCAUCCCCCUGGACAAAAGCUUAGUCAACGCUAAAAGAACCAGACACCAACGUCUGAACAUACGAUUAUUGAAAACGUAUAUUUCUCCGACAGGUAUGUCAGAAGGUAGAAUGGACAUGAAGCGGACGGCCUCCAGCCCAAUACUGAAGGAAGGCGACCCCGACCUCCCGCUUGUGGCGGUAUCAGUCAACGAAGCCACCAAGGACAGCGCCGGCAUGAUGUGGGCUUCGUCUCCCGAGCGCCUGGAGCUUCCCCGGAAGGCCUUCCACCAUUCGAACACUUCGGACUCUCCCUGCGUCUCAGAGUCUGGCUCGGACAUCUUCAGCAAGAGGGAGGUGAUCCACAAGCUGCGGCAGCAACUGAAGAGAAGAGACGAGAUGAUCCUCGACAUGCAGGCGCAGAUCACUGAUCUCCAUCGGUCGCUGGGCGCACAGGCGGCCCAGUCAGCGCACUUGCAGGCCCAGCUCGACUGCGCCAACAGGGACCUGCUGGGCUCGGAACGGGAAAUCCAGCAGCUGAGGAAGGCGAUCGCUGAUCAGUGUGUCGCCGGCGAGGGGUCACCGGAGAAGGCCGUGGGAUCACAGAGCUGGCCGGCAAAUGCCGUCAAUGGCCGAGCGAACGGCUACGCGAAUGGGUACACAGAGGGCGGCACGCACGGGUUGGAGACGAGCUGUGCGGGGACGGAGAAGGGGAGGGACUCGCAGAGGAUCGAGAUGCUGAAGAUGGAAGUGGGGGAGCUUAAGGAGGUGAUCGAAGGGAAGGAGUUCUUGCUUCAGAGCUACAAGGAGCAGAAGGCGGAACUCUCCACGAAGGUGAAAGAGUUACAGCUCAGGCUCUCCUCUCACGUGCCCAGCAUUCUGUAA